AUUAAAAAACUUUUCUUUAAACCUAUCAAAGAUAAAACUUUUGAAAAAGUUAUUUUAAAAAUGGCCUCAUCUAAUACACCGGGUUUCAAGUAUCUCAAAUUUUUUAAACCAGAAUAUCAUACUGAAAUUGCUGGAUUACUUCAAGAAAGACCAAUUUUAAAAGAUGUAAUUACUCUGGUUCUUCAAAAUCCUGAACGAGAGUCUGAUAUUUUAACAAAUUGUAAAGUUAAAGCUAUUCGCUUUGAUGACUCUCAAAUGUUUGAUUUUGAGAAUGAAGCUGAUAUCAACAACGGUUGGAUUAUUACAGAUGAAGGUUCUGAAUGGUUUGAU